AUGUUGUUGGCCAUCAAAGGAAUAUUCUACUUUACAAGGAUUACCAAGUGUAGCAGUGCACUCGACUGUAGAACUGGAGAGGCCAGGGGUGAUGUCGAAGCCUUAUACAAAUGCAAGAUGGACAAUGGCCAUGGACUUUCAAUUAUCUACGUUUGGCUACUUUUCAUGGUGUUAGGGAACCUUAUUGCUUAUGGGCAUCCCUCUUCCUCUUAUAAAACAUGUGGGCAUGGGACAUCAUAUACACUUGCCAUGGAUAUGCUAGUCGAUAUUGAAGAAGACGUUGCUAAGUUGAUAGAAUCAAAAAUCAUUGUCAACCACUUAGGUUCAAACGAAAACACUAUAGAGAUGAUCAACAACAUUUGCAAAGAACUUCCUUUUAGAAGGUUCUAUUACUUUGAUGACUAG